AUGAAGCCAAGCGCGAACCACCAUCCUCCUCUAGGUCUUGGGGAAGCUUCAGAAAUUAAGCUAAGGAAUUGCCAUCCCUGGCUAAAAGGGCGGCUACCGGUGCGAUUCCAACCGCCAGUGGAAGAGCAGUGCGUAGAACAAUUCAUGGAAAAGUAUAUCAUCUACCCUCGUAAUCAGGCGCCCUCUCCUGGUUUCCUUGAGCAUCUGCCUUCCAUGUUUAAGGAGGUCAAUGUUGAGGGCCGAUGUGCUUUACGCUGGGCAGUCCUGGCUGCGGCGUAUGCAGACGUGUCGAGAGAUCAAGACGGCAAUGCAGUUGCGUGCAAGGCACUGCAAUGUUAUGGGAGGGCACUCAGCGCCUUAGGAGAGUCGCUCUCGGCACCGGGUAAAGUGCCAGAUGAUUACGAUCUCAUGACGGUGGUUGUGCUAGAUAUUUUCGAGCAAAAGCAACGUCUAGCGUUUAAUCUACCGCAAACCGAUGAGACAUCAGACUGGCUCGGUCAGUUAAAUGAUAGCGAGGCUUAUGUCCGCCUUGAAAAGAAUACCCACGACAUUAGUGAGACGUGCAAGCGUGCGAGGUCCUUGCUGGCGCUUGUCAGUGCAGGAGGGCUGCCAACAUCAAUCCUUGUGGACAUGAUCAAGGAAUUGCAUUCCUUGGACCAGGCAGCCGUGAGUUGGCGGCAGACAUCUCAGUGGUCUUUCACCACCUUGGAGGUUUCGGAACGACAGGAUCUUUCGCCGGCUGCACGGGGUAUUACGGAUAGGAUCCAGCUUCACUCGGAUGUGUGGAUGGCCUACGAGUGGAACUACCAUAGGACAGCGCGUAUCAUCUUCCUUCAGCAACUCCUUCAAUGCUCAAAAGCCGCUCUAGAGACCCUAGACUUAGCCGAGGUCGAAAAGCAGACGCUAAAUAAUACAGUGACCGAGUGUAUUUUAACGAUUCAAUGGUUAGCCGACGAGUUCCUGGCAACCGUUCCUCAGUCUUUUGGCGAUGUCAAUCACAUAGGUCAACCCCAUGAUGGCAAAGACGGCCCGCCUCGUUGCCGCGCCAUUGGGGGAUACUUGCUUCUCUGGCCAACUCGUACCGCCAAGGAUGAAAAGUCUGCUACAAGUAUGGAACAAAAGGAACGCGCGCAGAGGGUGUUUGAAAGGAUUCGCGAAUAUACUGGAAUGAAAGACCUUCUAGGCGACAAGAGCGCUAUCUGA